AUGGAUGAUGAUGAUGACUCGUGUCUCCUUGAUCUUAUCGGAGACCCACAAGCAUUGAACUAUUUUCUACAUGGACCUAGUAAUAAAUCUAGCAAUGAUGACUUGACGAAUGCAGGAUAUUCUGCAGCCAAUUCAAAUUCAAUUUUCGCCAACUCCAGUAAUGCUGAUCCUAAGUCAUCCCUCAAAGCUGUAAGCAACCAGCUUGGAGAAGGGCCCAGUGAUGGACUGCCACUCUCAAGUAGCCUUCAGUUUCUGGAAGAUGAACUUGAGUCUUCUCCUCUUCCUGAUCUCAGUGAGGACCAACCUUUCGACAUUCUUCAGAAAUCCUUGCAGGAGGCCAAUAUCACUGAACAGACACUGGCCGAAGAGGCAUAUUUGGAUGCCAGUGUAGGUUCAAGCCAACAGUUUGCACAAGCUCAGCUUCAUCCGUCUUCAUCAGCAUCCUUUACUCAGGCUUCUAAUGUUUCAAAUUACUCAGGUCAGACGCUGCAGCCUAUAGGGGUGACUCACGUGCCUGUCGGAGCAUCAUUUGCAAGCAAUACGGUGGGUGUGCAACAUGGCUUUAUGCAGCACGUGGGGAUCAGUGUGCCCAGCCAGCAUCUGUCUAACAGCAGUCAGAUUAGCGGCUCUGGUCAAAUACAGCUAAUUGGGUCAUUUGGUAAUCAACCUUCCAUGAUGACUAUUAAUAACCUAGAUGGAUCUCAAAUCAUAUUGAAGGGCAGCGGGCAGCAAGCCCCAUCAAAUGUGAGUGGAGGGCUCCUGGUCCAUAGACAGACUCCUAACGGCAACUCAUUGUUUGGGAACUCCAGUUCCAGUCCAGUAGCACAGCCUGUCACCGUUCCAUUUAACAGCACAAACUUUCAGACAUCUUUACCCGUGCAUAACAUCAUCAUACAGAGGGGUCUUGCACCAAACUCAAAUAAAGUUCCAAUUAAUAUCCAGCCAAAGCCUAUCCAGAUGGGCCAGCAGAAUACAUACAAUGUGAACAGUUUGGGAAUACAGCAGCACCAUGUUCAACAAGGGAUCUCUUUUGCCUCUGCCAGCUCACCCCAGGGCUCCGUAGUUGGUCCGCACAUGUCUGUGAACAUUGUAAACCAACAGAACACAAGAAAACCGGUCACCUCACAGGCUGUGAGCAGUGCUGGGGGUAGUAUCGUUAUUCAUUCUCCCAUGGGCCAGCCUCACACACCCCAAAGUCAGUUCCUCAUACCCACAAGCCUUUCCGUCAGUUCCAACUCGGUACACCACGUCCAGACCAUAAAUGGGCAACUGCUUCAGACUCAACCUUCUCAGCUCAUCUCCAGCCAAGUGGCCUCAGAGCAUGUCAUGUUGAACAGAAACUCUUCCAACAUGCUCAGGACCAACCAACCGUAUUCUGGGCAGAUGCUGAACAACCAGAAUGCUGCUGUCCAGUUAGUGUCUGGGCAGACGUUUGCCGCCUCUGGAAGCCCAGUGAUAGUCAAUCAUGCUUCUCCUCAGAUCGUCAGUGGACAGAUGCCCUUGCAGCAGGCAUCGCCAACCGUAUUACACCUGUCACCUGGGCAGAGCAGCGUCUCCCAAGGAAGACCUGGCUUCACCCCCAUGCCCUCGGUGACCAGCAUGUCAGGACCUAGUCGGUUCCCUGUUGUCAGCUCCUCCAGCACUGCCCAUCCUAGUCUUGGGUCUGCGGUUCAGUCGGGAGCAACAGGAUCAAACUUUACGGGAGACCAGCUGACCCAGCCAAACAGGACUCCAGUACCCGUCAGCGUGUCUCAUCGUCUUCCAGUUUCUUCUUCCAAAUCUACAAGCACCUUUAGUAACACACCUGGAGCAGGAACCCAGCAGCUCUUCUGUCAGGCUCAGAAAAAAAGUUUGAAUCAGACUUCCCCCAUUGCUGCUUCCAAGACCACGGAUGGCCUGAGGCAGACGCAGAUCCCUGGCCUCCUGAACACCGCACUGCCAGGGCAGGAUUCUGGAAGCAAAGUUAUGCCGGUGUCCUUAGGAACUGCACAGCCACAGCAGGAAAAAGUAGUUGGAUCAUCUCCUGGCCAGCCAGCUGUGCAGGUGGAUAGUCACUCAGGAGGACAAAAGCGACCUGCUGCAAAACAGCUAACCAAAGGAGCUUUCAUUCUCCAGCAGUUACAGAGAGACCAAGCCCACGCUGUGACACCUGACAAAAGUCAGUUCCGAUCACUGAGUGAGGCGGUGCAGAGGCUCCUCUCCUACCACGUGUGCCAGGGCUCCAUGCCCACAGAGCAAGACCUGAAGAAAGUCGACAAUGAAUUUGAAACAGUUGCCACUCAGCUCCUAAAAAGGACCCAAGCUAUGCUUAACAAAUACAGAUGCCUGCUUCUAGAAGAUGCCAUGCGGAUCAACCCCUCUGCUGAAAUGGUGAUGAUCGACAGGAUGUUCAACCAGGAGGAAAGAGCUUCUCUGUCCCGAGACAAGCGUCUGGCACUUGUAGAUCCUGAGGGUUUUCAGGCUGAUUUCUGUUGUUCCUUCAAACUUGAUAAAGCUGCUCACGAGACGCAGUUUGGCCGGAGUGACCAGCACAGCAGUAAAGCAACCAGCUCUUUCCACCUGACGGCCAAGGCCCAGAGCCGAGACCGAGCCAGACCAGGCAUGGCGGAAUCCACGAAUCAUGACCAGUUUCAUCUAGUGCCUAAUCACAUCGUGGUCUCCGCAGAAGGAAACAUUUCUAAAAAAACUGAAUGCCUCGGGAGAGCGGUGAAGUUCGACAAAGCGGGCUUAGCUCAGUACCGCAGUGCGUCCGAAGAGAAAAGCAGCCGGCGGGAGUCGGUGAAGGCCAGCGAGUGCCCUCCCGGCCCCGAAGGGCCCCGGAAAACCUCAUCCCGACUGGACCACGGUACUGACAGCAAACUCUCCAGUAUCCUAGGGGAUUCUCAUCUGGAGAUGACGUGUAACAAUUCCUUCCCGGACAAAACUCUGAGGAAUUCUCCAAAGAAUGAAGUUUUACACACAGACAUCAUGAAAGGGUCGGGCGAACCCCAGCCAGAUCUCCAGCUCACCAAGAGUUUAGAAACAACGUUUAAGAACAUCUUGGAACUGAAAAAGGCCGGGCGGCAGCCCCAGAGUGACCCCACGGUUAGCGGCUCUGUCGAGUUGGAUUUCCCCAACUUUUCUCCAAUGGCUUCGCAGGAAAACUGCCUGGAAAAGUUCAUCCCGGACCACAGUGAAGGCAUUGUAGAAACAGACUCCAUUUUAGAAGCAGCUGUAAAUAGUAUCCUAGAGUGUUAAUAGCCUCAGCCCUUCCCCGC